ACUUGUUAUUAUUACGCUCAAAAACAAACGACAUUGCAGAGAGAGAAAGAGAAACAAACGAAAAAAGAAAAGAAAAGAAAAGAAAUCAGAGUUGUUGCAGAGAAAGGAAAAGAAAAGAAAAAUAACACAGAAAUGGGCGAGAUGUAUGACAAAAUUACUUCAUCUUCAGCUUCAGUGGCUCGUUCUUCUUCGGCGGCGACGGACGAAAUUUCGCUUUUUCUGCAGCAGAUUCUGGUGCGUUCCUCGUCUUCGGUGCCGGAGAAUCUGAGCAGUCUGUGCCGGCCUGAGCUGGUCGGGGACGGGAUCUCGGCCGUUGAUUACUCGGUGGCGGCGAAAGCGACUGCGGUUAACGUGUCGUCGUCUUCGCUGGGCGCGAGUGAGAAUGAGAACGACGAGUACGAUUGCGAGAGCGAGGAGGGUCACGAAGCAUUGCUUGAAGAGAUUCCGACGAAGACUUUGAAUGCUCGGACUUCCUCAAAGAGAAGCCGAGCUUCUGAAGUUCAUAACUUGUCUGAGAAGAGGAGGAGAAGUAGGAUAAAUGAGAAAAUGAAAGCGUUGCAGAAUCUGAUUCCAAAUUCUAACAAGACGGACAAGGCUUCAAUGUUGGAUGAAGCCAUUGAGUAUCUCAAGCAGCUUCAACUCCAAGUACAGAUGUUAGCUAUGAGAAAUGGACUAAGUUUGCAUCCCCUAAGCCUGCCUGGAGGAUUGCAGCCCGUCCAACUCUCCCAGAUGAGAAUGGACUUCGGCGAGGAACAUAGGUCACUACAUCCGAACAUGACAGGCACACUUCCCAUGAAUCAAGAAGCCUCGAACCAAAAUAUUUUUGCUAUGCCAAACCAAUGCACUUCAUCAAACAACCAGCAAUUGGCACCGAACAUGUUAAACAUAAUCAACUCAGAAACCACACUUGGGUUGGAAUCGCAGAUCCAGGCUCCACUGGAUGCCUUUCAAUUGCAAGCAUCCUCUCAGGGCAUUUGCAAGGAAGACAGAAUGAGGAAUCAACACACAAAUUUAAAUCACUUGGAGAAAAGUCCUUUAGAUUACGAAAUAGAAGCCACGACUACAUUGGCCGCUUUCAAUAGACAAGCAUCUGAUAUAAAGGGCAACAACUCCUUAGAAGCGUGCAUCACAGAAGGAGACUGGUCACAAAGUGGGCUGCUAAAGGCCAUAGAGCAGAGCCUAAUACUUCCUUCUCAUUUGAAUGGCAUGAGGACAGGAAGAAGUGCCCCAAAGGAUGAUAUCAAGAUUGAAAGGGCAAACCUAUAAACUUAUUUUGGAAUUUCGCGGCUCUUAAUUUUUUGCAUUUUGUGUGGCCAUACUUACCAGCUUCUCCGCCAAACCAACUAGUAACUAAUAGCUUAGAGAUCUCAACAGCUAUGCUAAAAGAUUAUGGCAUGUGCCUCUAAACUGAACUAUAAUUUAGUAGAAUCUCUAUUUUGAAUGCUCUGAGUAUUCUGGCUAAGCUUUUCUAAGUAACUAAUAGAAAGUAAAUAUGACUAAUUCUUUUUCCUUUUCCUUUUUCUUUUUUUUUUUUUUGUGGUUUUUGUUUUAGUGGCGGCAUCUAUAAUUAUCUGUUGU